AUGACCUUGAAACCCUAUUUUUACUGUCAUUGGUAUGUUCUCAAACCACAUAUCGACUUGAACCGGAGUCAGUCUGCUGAUGCGGAUCUCACUUUACCACCGGUAGAUAACGACCAAGUCUUCGCUUUUUCUGCUUUUUACUUGGUAGCGACAGAAGACGACCAUAUCAGGCAAGCCGGUCCUCAAAGGAAGCACAUCGUAUUGGGCAGACACAGAGAUCGACAGUUUCUCAGUGAGAUCCGAUCGAAACAGCAACUCCACGAAUUGGAGAUCGACACCCGCGGUGAUUACUCGUAUCUUGCGAGAGAUGAUCCGGGAGUCAGACAGAGACGACGUCUAGCCGAAGAUUCAUGGUCAGAGUUCAAGUCAGACAGAUCAUUCUCUUCUUCUAUAGGUAGAGGAGCUGCUCAGUGGGGUGAGAACGAUAAUCCAUUGCAAAUGAAUCUUGACGAAGAGCUAUCAAAGAUCGAGAAGGCUCUUCGAGGGAUUUACACAAAAAGAAGGAGUGAGAAUAUAUUGGAAGAACCGCUUGAGGGUGAUAGCGAGAGAUACGAGAUGGAGAAUACCCUUAUAGGAAGAUUACGAUCUAAGCAGUGCUUCGUCGAGUCUAUGACGACCUGGGGAGACACCGGCACUGGCAGGAGCUUGGAUUGGCAUGAUGCAUAA